GUGUGCGUGUGUGUCUGUGGGUGUGUCUGUGUGCGUGUGUGUGCCUUUGUCUGUGUGCAUGUGUGUGUCUGUGUGAGUGUGUGUGUCUGUGUGAGUGUGUGUGUCUGUGUGUAGGUGUGUGUCUGUGUGAGUGUGUGUGUCUGUGUGUAGGUGUGUGUCUGUGUGAGGGUGUGUGUCUGUGUGAGGUUGUGUGUCUGUGUGAGUGUGUGUGUGUCUGUGUGUAGGUGUGUGUCUGUGUGUUUUUAAAUUGACAUAAAAGAAUUGUGCUGUCCAGGUCUGUAGCUAAGUGUGUGUGUGUCUGAGUGUCUAUGUGUGUGUUACAGCUGGAUAAGAGCGAGGUAUCGACACUGCCUUUGCCCCCCUCAGUGGCCCAUGGCAGCUCAGACGGGAACAUCAGUGUGGAGGGGGCGGGGUCUGUGUCUGGGGCAGGAUCAUGGCAGGUGGAGGGACAAGGGGAGGGGCACCGAACACGUGCUGCACUGGAUCACCUGCAGCAGAAAAUCCUGAAGAUCACUGAACAAAUCCGUGUGGAACAGGAGGCACGAGACAACAACGUGGCCGAGUAUCUGAAGCUCGCUCACAACGCUGACAAACAGCAAGCGUCACGUAUCAAACACGUCUUCGAGAAGAAGAACCAGAAAUCUGCACAAACCAUCGCACACCUGCACAAAAAACUCGAACACUACCACAAAAAGCUCAAAGAAAUUGAGCAGAACGGUUUGGUGCGUCAGCCCAAAGACGUGUUGCGGGACAUGCAGCAGGGCCUGAAGGAUGUUGGAGCCAACGUGCGGGCCGGCAUCAGUGGCUUUGGAGGAGGCGUGGUUGAGGGUGUGAGGGGCGGAGUCUCUGCACUCAUACGCAAUAAGUUCGGCAGCGCAGACAACAUCGCCCACCUGAAGGACACUUUAGAACCUGGCCAUACAGAGGACACACCCCCUCGUACACUCAGUGGCAGCGCUACUCUGGUGUCCAGCCCCAAGUACGGGAGUGAUGACGAGUGCUCCAGCGGCACCUCCGGGUCCGGGGCUGGGAGCAACUCUGGAGGGGGCGGAGCCAUCUGCAUGGGAAGCCCAAGAAUGGAUGGACACCAUCACCAUCAUCAUCAUCAUCAUCAUACGUCUGCAUCAUGGGACGCUCUGUUGGAGGGACUACAGGAGAUCAAAGCCAGUCAGGUGCAGAUGGAGGACACAAUGGAAGACAUGAAGACACAACUACAGAGCACUUACUCCUACAUGACCCAGUGCCUGCAGGAGGACAGAUACAGGUACGAGCGUUUGGAGGAGCAGCUAAAUGACGUGACUGAACUCCAUCAAAAUGAACUGAGCAACCUGAAGCAGGAGCUGGCCAGCAUGGAGGAGAAGGUGGCCUACCAGUCAUAUGAGAGAGCUCGAGACAUUCAGGAGGCAGUGGAGUCAUGUCUGACACGUGUCAGUAAGCUGGAGUUGCAGCAGCAGCAGCAGCAGGUGGUGCAGUUGGAGGGUGUGGAGAACGCCAACGCUCGCGCUCUGCUCGGGAAGCUCAUUAGCGUGCUGCUAGCUCUCAUGGCAGUGCUGCUCGUCUUUGUCUCCACCGUGGCCAACUUCAUCACCCCUCUCAUGAAGACCCGCACUCGCAUCACCUCCUCUGUGGCCUUCACCCUCUUCCUCAUUAUGCUCUGGAAGCACUGGGAUUGGUUCGAACUCUGCUUCCUGUCUGGCUAAGUCAUGUGACCUCAGAACUCCACCCUCUGCUACUGUGUCUCUGAAGAGCCGAUGGAGCUCCUCAUAUAAACACCGCUACUACCACAGAGACAGUAAGUGGGACACGUCCCAUUUACACCAGAUCUGUAUGUAUUUGGUCUAGAUCUGGAGUUCAGCAUGCUGUCGUGCCCUAAAACACUCAUCAGAUUUAAAUACUGUAUUUUGGACUAUAAGUCGUGUUUAAUUGCCUGCUAGCAUUUUAGAUUCGAAUCUAAUAGUAGGUUGCACAUUACUUGUGUAUUUACUGUAGGUCUAAUGUUCCAGCAGUUAAAGGGUUAAGGGUUAAAGGUUCAGAUUCACUACCUAGUGUCAGCUUGGCACUAACAUCAAACUAAAAACCUUCAGUAGGGGUGAUUAGCAUUAUUGUAGCCAGUAAUCAAACAGUACUGAAACCUGUGUGGUUCCUGUACCUAAAAGGAUGCAUUAAAUCUCCCAAACCGAGUUCAUGUACCUGGACCAGUGACAAUCACAUUCACCAGGAAAUUAAUGACUACAAUAAAACCUCUACUGGUGAAAUGUGACACCUUAAAGUCCACAAUGUCCUGGUCCAACUUAGCACCAGUCUGGAUCUUCACGCUGCUUCCCUGCCAGCAACAGCAGUGCUGAGCUACAGCAUCAUGGCCACCAGGGGGCACUGCAUCCCUGUUUACAUCCAGUUCUCACCAUGAGGUCAAAUACAAGAAUGCGUCUUAUAGUCCAGGAGAUAUGGCAGACAUGUUAGUGACCAUACAGUAGCACAGACCAGCUAGUUCGACACUCUUUCAUUUGACCUUCUGAAAGAGAAGAAAAGACAAUAGACACUUGGAAGGGUGUCUAUCUAUUUUUUCACCUUUAAACAGGACUGAAUGUUGUUGCAUGACUUGCUGUGCCACAUAUCAGGAUGUGUGUUUUAUCUGUGUGUGAAACAGAGACUGCAGAUUUCAGUUGAAACACUUCUGAUUCUGGGCAGUUUUCAGCCCAAAGUUUUGGCUUUCAUACUGUGGCAAUAUUAUUGUGAAAUACAGGAAUUAAAUGUGGCAGAAUGCAGAGUUCAGCUGUAGAAGCUAAUGAGCUGCACAAUAUGUUGAUCGAUAAGCAUCACAUUAGCUACACGACUACAAAAUGAGACAGUGCUAAGGAAAUGAUUGCCUUCUGUAAAUAAUCCUAGUAGCAAUGUUUGCUCUUAAGCUAACCACUAAACCAGCUAUCAGGAUGUGACUGUCUCGGAUUAGCACACAAUAUUGUUCAUACAGUUGUUGACAAACACAAAGGUAUGUUUCUGAUUUUUUUUUUGUGUUGAAUUGUGUUAAAAUUUAUUUUUUUGCAAACACAUGUGGGGUAAAGGUUUUUGUUCUGGAUGCUUUCAGCUCUCACUGUGUCUUUACAUGAGGCUAAAUUGAUAGCCUCAUUUUUUUUUGCUAGCUUUUGCUUGAGAACGCUAGUUGCUUAGCAUCAGUUCUGAUCACAGCAUCACCUUCAAUGUCUUUGCUAAUAAUUGGAGUACUAUUGGAAUCCGCAGAAAUCUGAUCAGAGAUCAGUCUGGUGUUUUUGUGAAUGUUUAAGUGUCAGCACUCUGCAUGACUUCAUACACUGCCACUGAGUUCACACACUGCAUCACAUUAACCGUUUUCUAAGCUUUCUAUUUGUGUCCGUCGAUUGUAAAAGAACCAAACAGCCCGUGUGUGACUUUGUCUUAACUGAGCACUCUGUCGAAGGGACCAGCGGGACGUCUGUCACUUCCUCAGCUCUCUGAUCAAUAACACUGUCCAUCAUAGUUGUUUUAUACCUGCAGUACCUACAGAGUCACAGCUCCAUCAUCACUGAUCACAUGCUCACUCACUUUUCAUAUUUAU